AUGCACAAACUCAUCAUACUUGUGAUAAAGGUGCUGCAAUCAAGGAUGCCAGCACUAGGAGAUCAGACCUCAAAUCCUAUGACUGGAGCAGUUGAGUUUCAGAAGCCUCGUAACUUGCACUUUUUCACGCCUUGCAACGCCCCUUCUGCCGCCAUCUCCCUCCUCACCUCCUCAUGCCUUUCCUCUGCUUCGUCUCCCUCCGAGUCUCCUCCCAGUCUUGCUGCUCCCCCAGACCUGUCCGUUUCCCCAUCUGCAGCUGCUGGUUGUGACGACCAGGUGAGCCGCAUGGGAAGGCACUCACAGCGGGGUGUAGUGACGGCGUCACAUACUGCUGACAGUGAUGCUUCUGCGCAUGAUGGCGAUGCUGAUGGUGAUGUGGGCGAUUUUGGUGCUGAGGAUGGUGGGGAUGAUGAUUCUACUGCUGGUGCGGACGCUGAUGGCGGUGACUCUGGUGCUGAGGAGGAUGGCGCUGAUGGGUGCAAGGCGGAUGGCCCCGGGCCGAUUGGGGGAGGAGGCAGGACGAGGCAUGCAGAAGGCAAGGGCACGUAA